AUGGACUACAAACCCCCACGAGGCCGAUGCAACCAUAAGAACUCCAUCAUAUCUUCAUGUCCCUGCCUCAGAUUCAUGUUGCAUCCAGUGAAGGCGGCCACCAGCUUUGACUGCGACGGUUGUGGUCAUCACGCAUCGUUUCAUUCUCUGGAGAAUCUCUCGGAAGAUGCUGUUCUCAAGAAAUGGUCCGAGCAAGAGGCAGCGAAUCCUCCAACCUCGUCUGGUGCUACCAAAAAGCGACGCCGGAUUGCAGACAAGCCUACAGAGAGCGUUGAAUUGCUCGAGCUGACGGAAGACGAUCCGGAUGUUGCGGCGUCUUUUACGACUCGACCGCGAGCUACCAGGAAGCGGGCAACUGCAACCACCUCCUCCCAGGCGAACUGA